AUGAAUCACCAAACUCAUGCAUUUCAUAUAGUGAACCCCAGCCCAUGGCCCCUAACAGGAGCCCUAUCCGCCCUCCUAAUCACAUCAGGACUAACCAUAUGAUUCCACUUCAACUCCAUAACCCUCAUGCUACUAGGCCUACUAGCCUGUAUCAUGACCAUAUACCAAUGAUGACGAGACAUUGUACGAGAAGGAACUUACCAAGGACAUCACACACCAACAGUCCAAAAAGGACUUCGAUAUGGUAUAGUACUAUUUAUCAUCUCCGAAGUCUUCUUCUUUGCAGGAUUUUUCUGAGCCUUCUACCACUCAAGCCUAGCACCCACCCCCGAAUUAGGGGGACACUGACCUCCUGCAGGAAUUAACCCUCUAAACCCAACGGAAGUCCCCCUACUUAACACGGCCAUUCUAUUAGCAUCCGGAGUCUCCAUCACAUGAGCCCACCACAGCCUAAUAGAAGGCCACCGAAAACACGUAAUUCAAAGCCUCUUAACCACCAUCAUCCUAGGGAUCUACUUCACCCUACUACAGGCCUCAGAGUACUUUGAAGCGCCUUUCACCAUUUCAGACGGAAUCUAUGGCUCCACCUUCUUCGUAGCCACAGGAUUUCACGGGCUACAUGUUAUCAUUGGAUCUACAUUUCUAACAAUCUGCCUCAUUCGACAACUGCUAUUCCACUUCACAUCCAAACAUCACUUUGGAUUUGAAGCCGCAGCCUGAUACUGACACUUCGUGGACGUGGUCUGAUUAUUCCUUUACGUAUCCAUUUACUGGUGAGGUUCAU